UGAGCAGAGAGGAUAGUCUGGAUAGACUAUAGAGAGACGAACCAGGAAAUAAAUAUAGCGAAGGAAGACAGCGAUAAAAUUUGGGAUAGUGAGGUGAAGAAGGAAGGAAACUCACCCCAGCAGGCAGAAACCAUGGCGCUGCUGCUACAUGGCUCGUCCGCCAUUGUCUUACCAUCACCAUCUUCUUCUUCGUCGGUAAAUCCUAGCAGCAUUUCCAGCUGUAACAUCAGCAGUCCCUUUGUGGUCGGAUUCUCUGUUCCGGCAUCGACAAGGUCGUCGCAGCAUCGGCGGGCGUCGUCAUUGGUCGUUGUUGCUUCCCAGAAGAGUGCUUUCAACAUGGAUUACAGGAUGACGAGGGAUUUUAGGGAUUUCAGGAUGGCGUUGAAGGAAGAGGAGAAAGAGGAGGAGAGGAAGGAGAGGAAGGAGAAACCCCCUCAUAUCCCACUCGACCAACGCUGGAUGUUCGAAGAAUCUGAACUCGACGGUCCUGACAUAUGGAACACGACUUGGUACCCAAAAGCAGCUGAUCAUGUGAAUACAGAGAAGCCAUGGCUCGUUGUGGAUGCCACUGACAAGAUUUUGGGAAGGUUGGCAUCGACCAUUGCUGUUCAAAUCCGUGGCAAGAAUUUGGCCACCUACACUCCUAGUGUGGAUAUGGGCGCAUUCGUCAUUGUGGUGAAUGCAGAGAAAGUUGCUGUAUCAGGGAAGAAGAGAACCCAAAAGUUAUAUAGGCGGCACUCUGGAAGACCAGGUGGUAUGAAGAUAGAGACCUUUGAUCAGCUGCAACAAAGGAUUCCUGAGAGGAUCAUUGAACAUGCUGUUCGUGGGAUGCUUCCUAAAGGACGGGUAAGUGUCUUGGCAGAGCAUUGUUCAACCACCUUAAAGUUUACAAGGGCCCGGACCAUCCUCAUGAGGCACAAAUGCCAGCUGAGUUGCCGAUUAGGGACAAGCGAGUGCAAAAGCAGAGCUAGAUUUUUGCAGCUUAAGUGACAAGUUUCAGAUGGUAAAGCUUUGAGCAAUUGCUAGUCGAAUGCGGUCAAGCAAUUGGUAGACUACCGCUGUGUUGUUUGUUUCAUGUAUGUAGUUUGCUGCAGGCUGUAGCCGAUGUUUAAGUGCAGUUUGGUUGGUUCAUGUAGGUUGAGGUCGUUGUUUGUAUUUACCAAAUGAAUCUACAUUGUAUUUUGCCUUACAAGUUACAACACAAGGUAACCUUACAUUGGAUCAGAAAGAUGAGAAUUUUUUUGGCUUACCGGUGGAAUUUAGCUAUGGAAUGGGGUGUGUUUUUCGUGGAAUGAUGUAGCAACGCCAGAUAUUUCCUUCUUUUGGUAAUCAUGUUUAAGAAAUUCCAUCCAA